AUGACCAACACACUACUGCAAAACGUACCGCCGGUCCCUAUUCAAUUGGAAAAUGACGAGGAAUCAAAUAAUUGGUGUACUAAAGUUUCCAUCCCCAAUUAUUCUGCCAUACAAGAUAGCUAUGUCGUGUUUCACAUUCUAGUAACGACAAGACGAGGUAAACUGGAGCUUUUUAAACGAUACAGCGAGUUUGUCAAGUUCAGACAAAGCCUGCUUACAGAGGCUCCCUUCAAGGCUAAAGCAAUCCCGAAGUUACCACCCAAAAUUAUGGCCAAAAUUCCUUCAAAAAGUCAGCUAGAGAAGAGGCGGAGGGGACUAGAAACGUUUUUGAACUUUGUGCUUUUAGAUAGUGAUUUGAUGGGGUCAAGCAUCAAGGAGUUCAUUGGAGCUAAAAGCGAGAGGUGA